UAUGAGGCACAAUCUCUAUAGCAAGGGUCCUCAUGGUGGAAUGAUCAGCAGCCAAGACACAGGAGCAAUUGUUGGUCAUGGUAGAUCAACCAAUGGUUUAUUGGGAUUCAUCCCAUCCGAACAAAGCUUUUGUUCGUGCAGCUCAAAUCAUAUUGUCGAAAACCCCAACUUCUCAAACCAUCCAAGCCUUUCCCGCAUGCCUUCUUUUCCUUCCCAAAGCCCUAAAACUUAAGCCUAUCCCUCCAUUUUUGUAUAGCCCUCUUUGUUUUGUACCCUUGUCUAACUUUACAUUUUUUUUUCAUUCUUUUCCCCUCAAUUUCCGUGCAUUCAUUGUCUGUAAGAAUUCGCUCUUAGUAGGAAUUGAUAGCUGAAUUCUUUGUUUCCCUCGUGGAGAGACAACUCGACGUGUAGCUUGACAACCCAAGCAGCGGAAUGUAGUUAUUUCUGUAUCAGUAUGUUUCAUAGCAGAAACAUUACUAUCAUUUUGUCAGGUUACGCCAAAUGCAAUUUAUAAGUUGUCGUAUGAAACAGUUAACUUGCUGUUAACUUGUUUAUAAUGUUAAAUGUUUAUUUAUUUAUUUGAUGAAUUUCAGAUUGUGUUUAGGAUCUCCUUGAAGAGACGACAACAGAGUAGCUUUCUUUUUUUCAGCUGUGAUACAAUCAAUGAUUUGUAGAACAUGGUGUCUAAGAACACAACUAAACUAGCAUAAGAACAUCUUCUCAGUUAUCACUGCUUAGUUUCCUUCACACUUGAAAGCCUUAAACCCUCCCCAAAACCCUCUUCCUUAAAAUCCCCAAAAUAGAAAAUCUUUGAAAUUUCACCCUAAAAAUAUGUCGGCAGAAGCAACAACAACAACAACCGAACCUUUCAAACCCUACAGUCUCUCCCAAACCCUAACCGCCCACAAAAACGCCAUCUCCUCCAUCAAAUUCUCCUCCGACGGCCGCCUCCUAGCCUCCUCCUCCGCCGACAAAACCCUCCGCACCUACUCCCUCUCCCCCACCACCGCCACUCUCUCUGCCAUCCAUGAAUUAUCCGGCCACGACCAAGGCGUCUCCGAUGUGGCCUUCUCCUCCGACUCUCGGUUCCUUGUCUCCGCUUCCGAUGACAAAACCCUCCGUCUCUGGGAUGUCCCCACCGGCUCCUUAAUCAAAACCCUCCAUGGCCACACAAACUAUGUCUUCUGCGCCAACUUUAACCCCCAAUCUAACAUGAUCGUUUCCGGUUCUUUCGACGAAACGGUGCGUGUUUGGGACGUGAAAACGGGCAAAUGCUUGAAAGUUUUGCCGGCUCAUUCUGAUCCAGUCACAGCUGUUGAUUUUAAUCGAGAUGGGUCCCUCAUUGUUUCGAGUAGUUAUGAUGGGCUGUGUAGGAUAUGGGAUGCUGGAACUGGGCAUUGUAUGAAGACUUUGAUUGAUGAUGAGAAUCCGCCUGUUUCUUAUGUUAAAUUUUCGCCUAAUGGGAAAUUUAUACUUGUUGGCACUCUGGAUAAUACUUUGAGGCUUUGGAACUUUGAAACUGGGAAAUUUCUGAAAACUUACACUGGCCAUGUGAAUUCAAAGUAUUGCAUUGCAUCUACUUUCUCUAUAACAAAUGGGAAGUAUAUUGUUAGCGGUUCUGAAGAUAACUGUGUAUACCUGUGGGAACUUCAGUCCCGAAAGGUAGUUCAGAAGUUGGAAGGUCAUACUGAUGCUGUUAUUUCAGUUGCAUGUCACCCCACUCGGAACAUAAUCGCAUCUGCUGCACUUGGCAAUGACAAGACUGUGAGGGUCUGGACCCAGGAGAAGGAAUGAUCCGCUUCUAAUAACAGUUGUUUGAUAACAUCAUUCAAGUUGGGGCGCUGGUGAAGAUUUUUAUUCGAAGUGUAGACCAACUUGCUUGUCUGGCUGAAACUUGCAUUUUUCUGGAGCUAUUUAUAACAUUCUUCCUUGUACCUUAAUUUCACUAGUGAUUUUGAACAGUAAACUUGCAGAUUUCUAUGCAAAAUGUGAUGCAAUAGCUAAUGCAAGAAGGGAAUUCGGUAGCAUGAAAAAUCAGGAUCAAGUUUCAUGGACCUCUAUAAUAUGUGGGUUAUCCCAAAAGGGUCAUGGAAAGGAAGCCAUUUUAAUGUUUAAGCAGAUGUCGGGUGACUCGGGUCCUCACAUUAGACCCAAUUGUUUUACUUAUGUUAGUUUUAUUAGUGCUUGUGCUGUGUGCUAGAAGAGGAAUUGGAGGAGAGUGCAUUGCUUCAUGGGCAUAAUAUUCUACUCACUUCAAAUGAUAUGAGGGUAUUCUCAGAAUUUAUAUGGUGAAGAGGCCUUGAAAUUGUUUACUGCGACGAGGAAGGAGAGUUUACCUAAACUAGCAUUUUGAAUACUUGCAGUGGCCUAGCCGUUGUCAAAGAAGGUAGACAGCCUCAUUCUUUGGUUACUGAACACUGACACACACACACACCCACACAUAUAUAUAGACAAAAGCCGGUUUAUGGGCUGGGGUAGCAGGGAUUAGGAAGCUGAUGAAACGAAGGGGGCUAAGGUGCAGGUUGGAGCUGAGUUGAAGACCAUAACAUGGUUUAUGUUCUUUUAGUUGCUGAUGCAAUUCACCGUCAAUCCCAAUAUAUCUAUGCCGAAUUGGAAGAACUGAACUUUGAAAUGUAGUCAGGCAAGGAAUCUGGCAAACCCAGAAACGGAAGUACCACAGUUUGAGUCAGGGUUCCAUUGAUGAUAGUCUGUUAUGAAGCUUAAGAGGAAAAUCAGGGAUUGGUAAUGGUGAACUCUUCAAACUUCACCACCAUACAACUAGAAGCUGAUUUUGCAUUAUAGUCCACGAAACUCAGAACAUUUAGGUACAUACAAGAACUGACGAACUUAAAACUCUAUUUUUUUUUAACUUUUUGAAGCACACACUUCUUAACGCACCAUAAAUCAUAGUACUAAUUGACAAAAACAAGGUAUGUAAGAAAAUUUAACUAGAAUGACUAGAAAUUGUUUUCUUAUUCACUCCCAACAGUAAUUGGGAAAUGGAAGGGAGGAAGGAAAAUCCAAAAGAAAAGGAGUUGCUGCUGGACCC